UCCAGUACAGAAAGCAGCUACUUUCAACAUCACCUCAACUGUCCCCAACAACGACCCUCUUGUCCUCUUACACAUAACAUAACACACUACUACUAGUACUAAUAAUAAGUAAUAACAGUGUCCACUUUUCUUUUCCAUCACAAUUUCUUCAAUUAAUUACCACUUUCUAUUCCCAUUCUCUAUAAUUAGUAGAAUGGAAGCUUCAUCACCUCACUCUCUCACCAUGCAGAACCCCUCUGCUUACCUGUCAUGCUUUCUUAUCCUCUUGAUCAUUCUUUUCCCAACCCACGCACGUGCCGACCUCCCCGGCACGUGGGAGCUUCUCGUCCCGGACGCCGGCAUCGCCUCCAUGCACACCGCCGUCACGCGGUUCAACACGGUGGUCCUCCUCGACCGCACCAACAUAGGCCCGUCCCGAAAACUCCUCCCAAAAGGCCACUGCCGGUCGGACAAAAACGACGCCGUCCUGAAGCUCGACUGCUACGCCCACUCCGUCCACCUCGACCUUGCCACCAACCAAAUCCGCCCUUUAAAAAUCCUCACCGACACCUGGUGCUCCUCCGGCCAGUUCCUCCCCGACGGCACCCUCCUCCAGACCGGCGGCGACCUCGACGGCCUCAAAAAGAUCCGCAAAUUCUCCCCGUGCGACGACGCUUCGUGUGAUUGGGAAGAGCUCAACGACGUCGUAUUGGCCGAGGGCCGAUGGUACGCCACCAACCAGAUCCUCCCUGACGGUUCUGUCAUCAUAAUCGGCGGACGCGGCUCCAACACUGUCGAAUUCUUCCCACCCAAACAAAACGUCGCCGUUCCGUUCCCUUUCUUAUCCGAAACGGAAGACACGCAAAUGGAUAACCUUUACCCCUACGUCCACCUUCUCCCAAACGGUCACCUUUUUGUUUUCGCUAACACAAGAUCGGUCAUGUACGAUUUCAACCGCCACGUCAUCGUUAAGGAAUACCCUAAAUUACAAGGUGGCCCGAGAAACUACCCUUCCGCAGGGUCAUCAGCGAUGUUAGCUUUAGAAGGAGACUAUUCUAAAGCUGAGAUUGUGGUUUGUGGGGGUGCACAAUACGGAGCGUUUUUGAUGCGGAGUACUGACACCCCGGCGCACGGUAGCUGCGGCCGCAUUUUAGCGAUGGAAGAGAAACCCAGAUGGGUAAUGGAAGACAUGCCGUUUGGGAGGAUUAUGGGGGAUAUGGUGAUGCUGCCAAACGGCGACGUUUUGAUUAUUAAUGGAGCGAUGUCGGGGACUCAGGGUUUUGAGAUGGCGAGUGAUCCGUGUUUGAACCCGGUUCUGUACCGGCCCGACCAACCGGUCGGGUUGCGGUUCAUGGUUUUGAACCCCGGGACGGUUCCGAGGAUGUACCACGCGACAGCGAAUCUGUUACCUGAUGCGAGGGUUUUGCUUGCGGGGAGUAACCCCCAUGUUCUGUACCGGUUCAAUGACGUGGAGUUUCCGACCGAGUUGCGGGUUGAAGCGUUCUCGCCCGAGUAUUUGUCUGCGGACCGAGCGAAUCUUAGACCGGUUAUUGAGGAGGUGCCCGAAACGGUGCGUUUUGGUGGGAAGUUUGAUGUGGUGGUUUCGGUUGCUUUGCCUGUGGUGGGGAUUGUGGAAGUGAAUUUGGCAAGCGCGCCUUUUGCCACGCACUCGUUCUCGCAGGGUCAACGUUUGGUCAAACUGGCUGUUUCCUCUGCUGUGCCUGACGGCGGUGACGGCAGGUAUCGAAUUGGGGUAACAGCUCCGCCGAGUGGGGCGGUGGCGCCGCCGGGGUACUACAUGGCAUUUGCGGUGAACCAGGGAGUGCCCAGUGUUGCAAAGUGGAUUCACGUGUCGUAAGCGUGAAGUAGCAAAGUUUAUUGGAUGCGGUUUUGGAAAUUGAAAUUGAAAUCGUAUUUAAUUUUCUAUUUUUGGGCAAGUGGGGUAUUAAGAAUUUUAAAUUUAGAAUUCAGAUUCUUCAAUUGUUAAUAGGAAUUGGGGAUUGAGAAAGAGGAUUGGUCAGUGUGGCUGGUGAAGUGUGGCUGGUGAAUUGCAUAUUCAAAUUUUAUUAAUGGAAGGGGGCUAAGCCCCACAACCAGAAGGUGAAAUGCAAAUGAUGUUUAAUGGGAAUUUGGCAAUGGAUGAUUCAUUUAAUGGAAUUUAUAAUAUAUGGUGCUACUACUA